UGCCCCGGGGUUGUCCCGCGCGGGGCCCGAUUCCGGCCGCGCGUUCCUUCCAGGCGCCGCGGAGCAACCGGGUUCGAGACGCCCGCAGUCGGCGCAGUCCUCUCCCGGGCCGGAGCAUGAAGGUCGAGUUUGCGCCGCUCAACAUCCCGCUGGCGCGGCGGCUGCAGACGGCCGCGGUGCUGCAGUGGGUCCUGUCCUUCCUGCUGCUCGCACAGGUGUGCAUUGGAAUCAUCGUGAUACUGAUCAUAUACAACUGUUGGUUCCUCUAUGUCCCUUAUAUGAUAUGGCUUUACUUUGACUGGAGUACCCCAGAGCAAGGAGGCAGGAGAUCCAAGUGGGUCAGAAGCUGGACCGUUUGGAAGUAUUUUAAGGACUAUUUUCCAAUUCACCUCAUCAAAACUUGGGAUUUGGAUCCAAGUCACAACUAUAUAUUUGGGUUUCACCCCCAUGGAGUGCUUGUUGCUGGAGCCUUUGGAAAUUUUUGUACAAAUUAUUCGGACUUCGAGGAGCUGUUUCCUGGCCUCACCACAUAUCUUCAUGUGCUCCCAUUUUGGUUCCGCUGUCCUCUCUUUCGAGAAUAUCUGAUGAGCAGUGGGUCAGUCUCAGUUUCUAAGAAAAGUGUGUCCCAUGUGCUGAGCAAGGAGGAAGGUGGAAACAUUUCAGUCAUUGUUCUUGGGGGUGCAGAGGAAUCACUGGAUGCCCAUCCUGGAAAAUUCACUCUGUUCAUCCGCCAACGGAAAGGAUUUGUUAAAAUUGCUUUGACCCACGGCGCCUCCUUGGUCCCAGUGUUUUCUUUUGGAGAAAAUGAGCUAUUUAAACAAGUUAACAACCCUGAAGGCUCAUGGCUUCGAACUGUGCAAGAGAAGCUACAGAAGGUCAUGGGGUUUGCUUUGCCGCUGUUCCACGCCAGAGGAAUUUUUCAAUACAAUUUUGGCCUGAUGCCCUAUAGGAAACCUAUCCACACUGUUGGCCCAACAUGAUGGUAGCGUCUACCCCUCAGGCGCCAGCCACACAAACCAAGAUUGACAUCCAGAAGCUGUUUAUAUCAUGCAUCGACUAAAUUUACAGAAGGAAGUAAUGUGGACUUGGGGUCUGAUUCUGAGUGACUUAGGUGGUUUCAUUUCUCGUCCCUGAGCCUCAGAUUUUAUGACUCUGAAGAAGAAACUAUUACAAUUGUCCUGUCUUGUCUUAGGGUUAUGCUGGGGAUCAAAUGACAUGGUACGUGGGAAAGUGCUCCCUAGGCCCCAGGUGCUAGGAGACUUCCUGGCCAGAUUGUUGAGAGCUAUGAAAUGUGUUUCCAUCUCCCUGUAUAAGUAUUCUUGCCAAAGUGUUCAUCUGAAUCAAAUCAUGAGGAAACAAAUUCAGAUUGUGAGACAUUGUAUUAAACAACUGGCCUGGAUUCUUCAAAAAUAUUAAUGUCGUAAAAGACCAAAAGGACGAGAGAACCCAAAGACACAACAGCUGUCAUGGUGGGGGGAGGGGGAUGAAGCAACUGUAAGGAUAUCAUUGAGACAACUCAUCAAGUUUGAAUGUGGAUUCAGUACAAAAUAAUAUCAUAUAGAGGUUAAGUUCCUUGGGUAUGAUAAUGGUGUUGUUAAAAAGGACAGUGUUUUUGUUCUCAGGUACUUCGUGCCGAAAUAUUUAGGGAUGGUAACGCGAUUGAACCAUUGAUGUCUACAACUUAUUUUCAAACGGGUCUACAAAAAUAAAAAUAAUACAUAUGUAAAUACACACGGGGGUAUGCACAAAAUGUUCAAAACUGGUGAAUCUAAGGAGGCGUAUGCAAGUGCUUAUUCUUUCUAUAAUUUUGAAUUUUUUAACAUAAAGAUAGGGGAAGGAAUGUACUUUAAUAAAAUAAAACUGGUCUGAAACCACUUGAGGACAAAGUGGUCCAUUGUAUUUCAAGUCAUUAUUAUAUCCUGAUGGGGGGGGGAAAAAAGGCAGGCUAAGGGAUUCUCUGAAAUACAAAGAAAGGAAGGGAACCUAAUUUAAAUUUAAAUGUAAAGUAGCGAUUUAAGGAGAUAAAAAUGUUAAGGGGAUUAACAUGGUGCCCAAUACAACCCAUUAAGUGUUCAAUAAAUGUAUGGAAGCACACACACACUCUCUUUCCUCACAUCCGGCAUAUUUGAGCCUCCACCAUAAGUCACAGGUUCAGUAAACCCAGGUUUCAUUGGCACCCACAUUUUGACUCUUCCCAACCGCCUCUGCCAACAGGCUGGCCUUUCUCUCGUGUGGCAUCCAGAGAAAGACUAAUUCCUGUGUGAGACUGUUAGAGCGAUAAAC